AUGCCCAGGGGGCUUCCCGUGGAUGGUUGUACGGGAGAGGCUGGUGGUACUGUGCGAGCCACGACAGAAGCUGAAGACGGAGAGAAGCAAAGCAAAGAGCGAGAGCGCGAGAGAGAAAAAGAAAAGAGGAAAAAGGGCCAUGGCCAAAUAACUAGUCGCAGGCUUGUUACACCAGACCGCCUUCUUUUUGCUUUCGGUGCUUGCAGGCCCAUCCCUGUCUUCCCGCUAGACCCGCAUACGUCUCUGGUCAUGUGGUUUGGCCACGGCCAAUCAUCGCAGGGCGGCGACGGAGAAGGAUGGGAGAGCCACAGACAACUUUCGAGGCCGUGGAAGUUGGUUGAUAACCAGCAGCACGCCGCCUCCUUGUUGCACAGCAAAGCAAACACCCACAUCGCUGGCCCGGUCCUUGUUGCUGCUGCAUCGACUUACAUACAGCUCAAAGGCCGAGCCAUGCAGCAGCGGGAGGGCGGCGGAGCAUCCCGUGGAAAAGUAAUGGCUGACGGAUGGGAUUGGCAGCCAUGGUCGUUUGGCGUCUGGAGUGCGGAUAUUACAUGUGUCUCUCUACUCGGUUGCAUGCACAGUGAAUAG